GAAGAAGCAGAAAAAGCAUUUUUUGUUUACAGUUGCAAAGUGUGUUCUUUUUUACAGCAAGUGCUAAUGAUUAGUUUAGUUUAAAGAUAAAAUUCAAACAAUAAUAAGAAAUGGCUGCAUCACGCUCACGUCGGCACAAUGCGGGCAAUAAAAUAGCUAAACUAUUAGACGAAGAGGAAGACGAUUUCUACAAAACUUCAUAUGGCGGUUUUCAGGAUGAAGAAGACGACAAUGAAUAUGUCCAAAAAGACGAAGAAGAGGAUGUGGUGGACUCCGACUUCAGCAUUGACGAGCAGGACGAGCCCGUCUCCGAUCAAGAAGAGGCUCCCGACAAAAAACGCAAACGGGGUGGUGUCAACACAAAAGCAUACAAGGAACCUGCUAAGCCAACGCCUGUCAAAAAGGACGCAAAACCCUCAACCACGCUGCACAAGAAACGUGCUGGCGGAGGCGUUGUAAAGCGUCGCGUGCGUCCACGCUUCACUGUGCAAGACUCGGGACGCAAGUCCAUACGCACAUCGACUGCCAUUAAGACACAGGCGACUAAGAUACGGUUAAAGGAAUUGGAUGAUGCGCGCAAACGGAAGAAGAAAAAGGUACGAGUGGAGGAUUAUAUGCCCUCGCAGGAGGAGCUGCUGGAAGAGGCCAAAAUCACCGAAGAGGAGAAUAUCAAGUCAUUAGAGAAAUUUCAAAAAAUGGAAUUGGAGAAAAAGAAGACACGACCCACGAAAAGGGUUUUCACUGGCCCAACAAUACGCUAUCAUUCGAUGACCAUGCCAGUGAUGCGUAAGCCAACUCGCACCACAACCCUGCCACAUGAUCCCAACGAUCCAGCCGCGAAAUGUGAGCGUACAUUCGUGACCAUCGAGAAUGAUUUCAAUGACAAGGCUUUCCAUGCAAUCUUCCGACCCAAACGAGUCCCAAAAAAUUCUAGUGGCAUCUGUCCCAUUACCAGAUUGCCGGCGCGCUACUUUGAUCCUGUCACCCAACAGCCAUACUACAGCAUACAGGCAUUUAAGAUACUUAGAGAAGCGUACUAUAUGCAACUGGAACAGCAGAGCAGCGGCAACGAGCCGCCAGAGUUGGCCAAAUGGAUGGAGUGGCGUAAACUGGUUAAAGAGAAUCGCCAGAAGGCGGCUAGCUCUAAAUUGAACAUAUUGAAGGAUUAGAUGUUGGAGUGCACUCUCGACUAAUAAUAAUUAGAGCCGUUCACAAUACUAAAUUGUGAGGAAGAAGAUUAA